AUGGCUGGAAAAAUGACGGGCAAGCGUUCGGUGGCAUUCACCAUCGGGCUAUUGCUGGUCUUGUACAUAAUUCAGGCGGUGCCAAUGGGUAUUUCUGCGGCCUUGCCGUUAUCAUUGCAAGGUCGGGGCGCGAGUUACAAGGACCUGGCCAAGUUUUCGUUCGCCUCUCUGCCGUUUUCGCUCAAGCUGCUGUGGGCACCGGUAGUGGAUACGACCAAGCUACGAGGGCACGGACGCCGUAAGUCCUGGUUAGUCCCCGUCCAGCUCCUUUGUUCCGCCGUCAUGGUUCUUGCUGCCGUCGGUCGGUGGCCUUCAAAGUGGGCAGGUGAAGACGGACAUCCCAUCCAAGUCGGACCCCUCACCGUCUUCUUCUUCACCCUCUACGUACUCAUGGCCACACAGGACAUCGCCGUCGAUGGGUGGGCCCUAGAAAUACUACCCGUCCACCUCAAGAAACACGCAUCCACCUGUAACACCAUUGGCCAAUCCCUGGGCUUUUACGCCACCAACAUUGCAUUCCUACUCUUCAACCAUUCCCGAAAUGACA